AUGGGUAGGAAUUCCGGUCUCAUCAUCGCGUUGGUAAUCGCCGGCCUCUUUGGCGCUGUGAUACUCUGGUUUGCCGUCUACUACCUGCACCGUUACAUCCACCGGUCCUGCUUAGAACUCGACUACUGGUUCCACUUGCUCACUCCACCGCAAUGGCGUUCAGAGCCCAGGAACCACGACUACGGCAGGGAGAUGGGACACAGAUGCGGCGCGAAGAGGAAGUCGAGGUCGCGUUCUAGACACGGGAGAUGGGAUAGAGAGAGGGACGAGUAUUCGAGAUCUAGAAGAUGGUGUCGCAGUCCACAGGAUCAAGAGGAGGCCGCAUGUACGAGCGCAAAAUAUGCGGAGAGACCAAAACCUGCGUUGACCAUGCCCGUGUAUGGGGAGCAGUGUUACCCGGCGAUGGGGUGGCAACAACACGCGCCUGCUGGAGGUCAGAUGGCAUAUCCACCGAUAGCGUACCAACAACCGUUUCCGCUGUAUGCAGCUCCGGUCGUGCCUGGCCCGAUGCCCCAGCAAUACCUCCCGCCAACGGCAGUGCCAGUUCCACAGCCAGCAACGUAUGCUCCAGUGCGCAGGAAGCGACCCGCGGAAACGCAUCCUGUAGAGAAGGGAAGUCAGCCCCCAGGACCUCGACGCUUCGAGACCGACUUUAUCCAUAUCUGCGACGAGUACCCGCCCAUCAUCCUCGAGAAGCUGAAGAAGGCCGCUCCACCACUACAAUCCUCCUCCUCUUCAUCCUCAAGCUCUAGUGAUGACGCAACGACGCAAGAGAUACCUCGAAGGUAUAUUCCACACUCCGCACCUCGUUUCGCCGAUCCUCCUCCCUUCCAAUUCCCGCAGUAUCCACACUCCUCGACACGAGCAUGGGACGUGCCGACAUCGUAUCCGCGGCAAUGGAUGAACACUGGUGGUGAGAGGCUACACACGGGUCAGGCGAGGUACGCUCCAUACACCAGGAACAGCGGAAUGGGGCAGAAUCUGAGGAACAUGUACGCAGACGGGAGGCGUCAAGCACCGAAUCAUGACAUCCCGCGGUCACGUAUGUGGGGGAGAUGGGGACAGCAGGCGCCGAGACCACAACGUGCAUAUACGGAGUGCGAUCCAAGACAGAAGGAGAGGGGUCAUGCUGAAACAGUCGAACAGAGCAGUGCUGAUGAGGCGGAGCAAGAGCCAGCUGAGAAGCCCAAGAACAUACAAUCAGAAAACGGUAACGAGAGUGAUGGACUGCCUGAACAUGUUUCGGAAGGAGGAAAAUCGCCAAAAGCACAACUCAUGGAUCCAAUGCCUAUUCCUGUAGUCGAAGAGCCAUCUUCCGAAACUGACAAAUGACCAGCGAUUCGAUUGGGUAGUCUUGACAAGAUGAGAGCGCGGAGGAUCGGCGUGAGAGCUGCGAGUCUGAUGUUCUGCCUAGCGUGAGGAUGAUACGAUCAAAACGUGCCAGACGAGCAUCUGCGUGUUGUUUGUCUGAAGGUGCGGGCGGCAAGACGGUAGGAGAUUAGAUCUCG